AUGGACAAGUGUAAGUCUCAUUCAGCUGAGUGCAUCUGUAUCUGGCGAGCCCGGAAGGAGCUGACGAGCUCGCACUUCCCCCUCGCAGCCCUGGAAGACGUUCCAAGGGUGUCUGGAGCCCGAUUUUUCGGUGCUCAUCUGUCUGAAACAACGUCCAGAGUCGGACUAUUCGGGGCCCCACCCGUGUCCGAGGGGUACGUUGUCCUGGUUGGAGACGAGGGAUCCGGACCCUCGACUAAGUCUCCGUCUGAGUUUUUGCUUUCGGUUUUACGCCGAAGCCCCCCUGCUCUCCCAACCCCCCUUCUCCCUACCCCAGCCCGAUCCUCUCUAUACCCAACUCUCACCAAGUCUUCGCAGGAAAAAGACUCGAAGAAGCAGAAGCCCAAAGUCCUCCCGCCAGGAGGGGAUCUUUUGGUCGACCUCCUCACCGAGGACCCCCCGCCAUACCAGGAUGCGGGACCCACCCCUGAGGCUGCUGAAGCAGCCCCGGAGGCCCCCGCUCCGGAGGAACCAGCCCCAUCACCCAUGGCUGGGCGCCUCCGGGGUCACCGGGAGCCCCCACCCGAUUCCACCUCACAUGCCUUGCCCCUGCGAACCGGGCCAGGCGGUCAACAGCAAUACUGGCCGUUUUCAGCCUCUGAUCUAUAUAACUGGAAACAUAAUAAUCCUCCCUUUUCUAAGGAUCCCUCUAUGCUAACCUCUUUGAUUGAGUCCAUCCUAGUCACUCAUCAACCCACCUGGGACGACUGUCAGCAGCUGCUGCAAGCGCUGCUGACCUCCGAAGAAAAGCAGAGAAUGUUCUUGGAGGCUCGGAAAAAUGUGCCGGGCGAAAACGGUCGCCCUACGCAGCUACCCAACGAGAUUGAGGCUGCGUUCCCCUUGGAACGACCCAACUGGGACUUCCACACUCCUGAAGGUAGGACCCACCUAUGUCUCUACCGCCAGUUGCUCAUAGCGGGUCUCCAUGGGGCUGCCCGACGCCCCACCAAUCUGGCACAGGUGAAACAGGUAAUACAGGGACCGGAAGAGACUCCCUCAGCUUUCUUAGAGCGUCUUAAGGAGGCAUACCGCAUAUAUACUCCUUAUGACCCCGAGGAUCCAGGAUGUAACCUGGCCAUGUCCUUCAUCUGGCAGUCGGCACCAGAUAUUAGAAAGAAGCUUGAAAGAUUAGAUAAUCUCAAGGAGCAGACAAUUCAGGACUUGCUUAAGGAAGCGGAGCGAAUUUUCAACAAGAGGGAAACCCAGGAAGAGAGGGACGAGAGACUCAAGAAGGAAACAGAGGAGAGGGAUGAAAGGCUUAGAAAGGAGGUAGAAGAAAGGGAUAACAAGAGGGAACGAAAAAGAAAUCAGGAAUUCAGUCGGUUGCUGGCCACCGUAGUAUCAGGACAGAGACAAGACAGGCAGGAGAGAGAUGGAAGGAAGGGACCUCGGGUCGACAGAGAUCAAUGUGCUUACUGCAAGGAAAGAGGACACUGGGCGAGAGAAUGUCCCAAGAAGCCUCGCAAACCUAGGGGCCCCAAGCCACAGGUCUCGCUCCUUUCCCUAGAUGACGAGUAGGGAAGUCAGGGCCAGGAGCCCCCCCCCGAGCCCCGGGUAACACUCAAUGUUGGGGGGCAACCAGUCACCUUCCUAGUCGAUACAGGAGCUCAGCAUUCAGUCCUCACCCAGUCUGCAGGACCACUCAGUGAGCGAACUGCCUGGGUACAAGGUGCCACGGGUGGAAAGCGAUAUCAUUGGACCACCGAACGGAAGGUGCAGCUGGCGAAUGGUAAAGUAACCCAUUCCUUCCUGCAUGUUCCAGACUGUCCAUAUCCACUGUUGGGGCGAGAUUUACUCACCAAAUUAAAGGCCCAAAUUCAUUUUGAAGGGAAAAAAUUUCAAGUGGCAGGGCCAAACGGGGGCCCCCUACAGGUAUUAACUUUACAAUUGGAAGAAGAAUAUCGACUGUAUGAACAUGACCAUGAGACUCAGGGGCCCACAGACUUGGACACUUGGCUUAUAUCGAGGCAAGCCUGUCUUGCCCAUGAAGCAGACUUACGAACUAAUUAA